UCUACCGCCUGGGCACUGCGGGCUGGCCCAACGAGAAGGCGGCCGCCACGUAUCUCCCCGAGUCCCAGGAGCCGAGAUCUGCCUUCCAGCCGCGCGCGACCCGUCUUCUGCGCCUGCGCGAGAACCCAGCCACUGCGCGCGGCUUAAACCACACCCCCUCCCGUUUGACCACGCCUUCGGAGACUCCGCCCCUGUCUCCCUGAGCCUCACGCAGGAUCCUGAACCUCAAUGAUCCUACUGCAGCCCUCGGAACGAGGCCCCCAGGGUAGGACCCAGCGCCGCUCGCAGGCGACCUUGGGGGUGACUCGGGGCCCAGAUGCCAGCUCCCCUCUCCGAGGAGCUGUGCUUAUGAGCACCAAGCGCCGCCUGGAGGAGGAGCAGGAGCCCUUGCACAAGCAGUUCCUGUCUGAGGAGAACAUGGCUACCCACUUCUCUCGACUCAGCCUACACAAUGACCACCCCUACUGUACACCCGCCGUGGCCUUCCCCCCAGCCUUGCCCCCACUCAGGAGUCCUUGCUCUGAGCUGCUUCUCUGGAGAUACCCUGGGAGCCUCAUCCCCGAGGCACUCCGGCUGCUCAGGCUGGGGGACACCCCCAUGCCUCACUACUCUGCAGCCCCAGCUGGGGAUACAGUGGAGCUCUGAGUGCUGGUGAGCAGUGCCUUUCCCACUUUUCAUCUUCCUCACAAGAGAAGAGACCAGCGACCCCCACAACAAAAGGAUAAAUUGCUUGCCUAUUCUCCAGAAGGUCCUGGUAUCAGGACCUUCCCCCAACAGAGGACACUGAGCUCAGUGGAGCCUGGAAACAGGAAGAGCAAGAGUAUGGGAAGGGAGGCACCCUGCCCGCAGGAGAACUGAAUAAAGAUUGAUAAGCAAAAGAA